AUGUCUGCAGCCGCGGCUGCGUCGGGCGCGCAUGGCACUGAACUGCAUGACACCAUAUCCGUGCUGCCCAAGGCGUUCACGUAUAUCCAGGAUGUGGAGUCGAUCCCGAUACAAGCCCACUUCAACGAGCUGGCAGACAACGCUAUCGGCGCCGGGGCGCGCGAAAUCACCUUUACGGUGGUGGAGCAGGCGGCCGACCUCGCCCCCACCUCCCUGGCCAUCUGUGACAAGGGGAGCGGGAUGUCGACGGAUGUGGCGUCGAUGUACCUGCAGCAGGCAGCCACCACAUCGGGCAUCGUGGCGCUGCCGCGGACCAAUGGGCUGCCCCUGACCCUGGAGGACUACCACGGCCAGAAGCUCAGCAGGCACGGCAAGGGCGCCAACUCCCUGUUCUAUUUUGGGCCGCGCGUCACCCUGCGCACCAAGAUGGCCGGCCAGGGCACGCUGACAGAGAUCAGGGCGGACUUCGACGAGUGGCAGCGCAAUGACAGGGCGCCCACCGCGCCGGGCCCGGGGCAGAACGGGCAGCCAUUCAAGGCCGACAGGGACGUGACGCUCUGCGAGCCCGGCGAGGUGGCGGGGAGCUUCACUGAGAUCGUGAUUGCAGGGCUCAAGCCCAACGUGCAGGACCAGCUCAGGGGCCUCAAGGAGAGGGUGCAGCUGGCGCGGGAGAUGGAGCAGACAUACUAUCUGCAUAUCAACGGCAUCGACCCCUUCCUUUGGAGGACCGUCCCAACAUGCCUCAAGGGCGGCGCCGGGCAGCUUCCCCUGAGGCUGCGCGGCGGCCUGGCCAUCGACUUCUUGGGCCACAAGCUGCAGCGCCGUGCGCCCCUCGAGCCGUCCAAGACGCUCAAGGUCAGGAUGCCGGCCAGCUGGCGCCCGCCCGACGGCGCCGCGGCGCCAGGCGGCGCGGGCGGCGCGAGCGGCAGCGGGGCGGGCGGCGGCGGCGCGGAGGGGGAUCUUGGGGAGACGCCGCUGCGGCAGAUGCUGAGGCACGCACAGGAGCUUGGGGUGGAGCCCUUCUGGCUGGCGGCGCGCUGGUGCCCCAAGGGCAAGCGGCCCGAGGACCCGCAGCCGUCUGCGGAGGAGAUCGAAGCUGCGAGCGGGCACGCGUCCCGCGGCUCGGACGACCCGGCGGGGCUGCUGGUGGGGGUGCAUCGCGACUUUCUGAUGGGCCGCACCAAGCCGGCCGUCAUGCUGCCCUCCGGCGCGGAGCACCUGACGUUUGUGUUCUGGGGCAGCCGCCUGAUCACCAUGGCGCCGCUGCCCGACAUUGUGGAGGUGGCGCGCAGGGACCCCAACCCCGAGGCGGAGUGCGCCAAGCUGAAGCCUGAGAAGCUCUGCUGUCUGCUUUUCGCUUCCCCAGAGUGCUACACCCUGAACCACAAAACCCAUUUUCAGGACGAGGCGUUUGAUGACUUCAUGGCAAUGGGCGCCGCGCCCGCCGGCGUCGUGCCGGCGCUGGACGGCCGCGGGGCGGUGUACGUUCACGACCCUCGCAGUGGCGCGUGGGUGGAGCCCGCGCGGGGCGUGGAGAUGCUGAAGCAGCACCACAUGGAAUUCUGGCGCAAACGGGACGAGACCUGCUAUAUAACCGAGGUGGCGGAGGGGCCCGACGGCAAGUUCGACAUUGGCUAUGCCCUCAAGACGCCGCGGGUGAAGGACCCGAUCCGCUGCGGCCAGCUGGUGCGCUUCAUCGACGUUAAAAAGGGCGACGACGCUGCGGCGGGCACGCCAGGGCCGGGCAAGAGCGAGCGCAAGAACAGCAAGGCGGCAGAGAAGGAGCGGCGCAAGGAGCUGGGGCAGCCGUCGGAGCACAGCCGACAGCAGCAGCAGCAGCAGCAGCAGCAGCAGCAGCAGCAGCAGCAGCAGCAGCAGCAGCAGAAGCCACAAAAUGGGUGGAUCGUGGGCUUCUUCCGCCAGAUUGGGCCCGACGGCAACGCAGACAUAUACGCAUACGUCCGUCAGGGCGGCUGGCGCCCCUCAUGGCUGGAGCCUGCGCCGGUGGACAAGCACCACGGCCUGCGUGUGCACCAGAUUGCGCCGCUGGGGGAGACGAACGAAGAGGUUGAGGAGGCCACCAGGAUGAGGCAGCUGCUCUGGGAGGAGGAGUGGCCGCGGCGGCUCGCAUUUCUGGCCAACAACGGCGCGAUCUGCGACACAGACCCCCAAAGGAUCCCGUACUUGCGGGGCAACGGGAUCUACGAGGCCACGGCGGCGUCCACCUUUCCAGACGAGGUUGUCGUCGGUUUCAUGAGCAAGUCUGGCAAGCCAGUGGAGGUCACCAGGAUGCUGGGCUGGGCCAAUUCAGCCAAGGAGCUGACGGCGUCGCUGUGGCGCAACGAGCGGCCCGUGGAGGGGUGGUCUGCGACGGCCACAUACGUGCAGAAUAAGAAGGCCCGGUUUGCAGGCCUGCGGCAGUGGGUGGCAGAGGAGGGGUCAUACCGCCUGCGCAUCCAGUGCAACGACCGUACCGCCAUGCCAGAUGACAGCUUCCUGGAGUACAAGUUCAAGCCGGCUGGGCCAGCGCGCCGCACCGGCGCGUUUGGGCGCGGUGCCAGCUGCGUGCACGCGCGCGCAUAG